GGCGUGGCAAGGUGGGAGGACGGGUCUGACGGGGCGGGGCCGCCCACAGCGGAAAGAUGGCGCUGCGUCUGCUGCGGAGGGCGGUGCGCGGAGUGGCGGCGGCGGCGCUGCCGAGGCUGAAAGCAUCUCUGGCAGCUGAUGUGUCCAGGCUUGGAUAUAGUUCCUCAUCCAGUCACAAGUACAUUCCCCGGAGAGCAGUGCUCUAUGUACCUGGAAAUGAUGAAAAGAAAAUCCAGAAGAUUCCAUCCCUAAAUGUAGAUUGUGCAGUGCUUGACUGUGAGGACGGUGUGGCUGUGAACAAAAAGAAUGAAGCUCGAUUAAGAAUAGUAAAAACUCUUGAAGACUUUGAUCUGGGCCCAACUGAAAAGUGUGUGAGAGUCAACUCAGUGUCCAGUGGUCUCGCUGAAGAAGACCUGCAGACCCUCCUGCAAUCCCGGGUCCUUCCUUCCAGCCUGAUGCUACCAAAGGUGGAAGGUCCUGAAGAAAUCCGGUGGUUUUCAGACAAAUUUUCAUUCUACUUAAAAGGGCGAAAACUUGAACAACCAAUGAAUUUAAUCCCUUUUGUGGAAACUGCAAUGGGUUUGCUCAAUUUUAAGGCAGUGUGUGAAGAAGCGCUAAAGACGGGACCUCAAGUGGGUCUUUUUCUAGACGCAGUUGUUUUUGGAGGAGAAGACUUUCGAGCCAGCAUAGGUGCAACAAGUAGUAAAGAAACCCAAGAUAUUCUCUAUGCCCGACAAAAGAUUAUUGUCGUAGCAAAGGCCUUUGGCCUGCAAGCCAUCGAUCUGGUGUACAUUGACUUUCGAGAUGGAGAGGGGCUUCUCAGGCAGUCGAAAGAAGGAGCUGCAAUGGGAUUUACUGGUAAGCAGGUGAUACACCCUAACCAAAUUGCAGUGGUCCACGAGCAGUUCUCUCCUUCCCCUGAAAAAAUUAAGUGGGCUGAAGAACUGAUUGCUGCCUUUAAAGAACAUCAACAAUUAGGAAAGGGAGCCUUUACUUUCCAAGGGAGCAUGAUCGACAUGCCAUUACUGAAGCAAGCCCAGAACAUUGUUACGCUUGCCACAUCCAUCAAGGAAAAAUCAUCUGUUAAAUGAAGCUCUCAUCAGCAUGUGCUCUUAUACUGAAGGCUAAAGGGUAUUGAAGCUGCGAAGGAUCAACUUGUGUUUGCCAGAGGACGCCAAUGAAAUUUGAAACACCAACAAUCAGAGAUUUUGUUUCUGCUCCUCAUUAAAUCAUGAGCUUUUGUGUUGA